AUGGACACGAUUCAAUCGAAACAAACAUUGUUGGAGACUUCGAUACCCAUUUACGAGGACACGGUGUUUAGCGAGCCCAAAUUGAAGAAGUCGAAUAUUAUUGUUGUUCAUCGGCCUACAACAACCCGAAAGUUGUACGUUUUUUGCUUUGUUUUUUGGUUUUAGUUAUUUUGAAGAUGGAUAAGGAUGUUGAGAAGGUUUUGUGAAAGUGUUGAGAUUUUUGAGGGUGUUUUGAAUAAGUCGUGGUGAAAUUUAUAUUGACAUAAGGAUUGGUGAGAUGGUUAAUAUAUUUUUGAAGCAAAAUCAAGCAUUUUUUAUAAACGUUUUUUGUUUUAAAGCAAAAAGAUGUAUUUUUUUAGUGUUUUGUUGUAUUCUUGAAGGUAUUGAAAAGCUAUUGCGAAAAUUAUAGUCUAAUUUAUGUUGAUGUAGGUUCUUUGAUGGAUAACAUAAGUUUUGUUUUAAAAAAUGGCUUUAAUUUAGGUUUCUUAUGUUGUAUAUCAUCUGUAUACCGUAACGCAAGUUUUAUCAAUUUUCCAAUUUCAGCACCAAAUCUGAUGUCCUCAUCUUUGUGACCCUCGUAUUUCUCUUGGCAUUGGCUGGACGUUGUGUUUAUAAAAACUUUUUCAUGAAAAAGGAUCUUGAGACAAGAUUAGCUGACAGAUUGGGUAAAAUUGAAAAAGAAAUCGAUGGACUCUUGGACGAUGUUGAGGAUGCUUAUCAAGUAUACGUUGAAAAGUUCCGGAAAGAGCUAAACGGCUGGGAAGAAGAGAUGAAGGAGGCAAAGAAGAUUGCUUUUGUGAAGAACUACAAGGAGAUUCAGAUAUUACAGGUAUGGAUGGGGUAAUUUUAGGGGGGGGGGGUGGUUCAAUUUCCCAAAUUUUUUCUCGUGCAUGAGGUAGUUGGCUCGUGUUAGGUAAAAACUAAUAUUUAAAAGGCAUUUUGAGGUAUUCCUUAUCAAAAUACUUAAUUGUAGAAACUCUCCAAUGGCAAAACAGAAUUUACCAUGAACAACUUUACUGAUAUGACCGACGACGAGCUGAAACAGGUAGGAUAACAUGCCUUAUCUAUGUUAAUAUAACUUUUUAUAACUUUUCUAUAUUAAUUUGGUUUUUUUACAUUUGCGUCAUUAUAAAAUGCCCUUUAUAGUUCUUAAUUCCAUCUGACUUCCAAAAACCAGCGUUUUUGGACACUGCCAAGCCCUUCGACACUGCUCCAGGCUACACAAUCGACCGUGACCUAAAACGACCGGAAAGCUUUGACUGGAGAAAAUUUGGCGCUGUUACUGGAGUCAAAAAUCAAGGUGAGCUUAAGGUUUUGUAA